AUGGCGCGUGUUUCGCGGGUGGAUGGCGCGUCUUCCGAGCCGCUUGGCGGCGCAUCUCUCAGCCGCGGGACUUCAAGCUCCGACUCCCUCACAUGCGCAGGACGAGCGGGAGCGGGAGCGGCGAUGGCGGCAAAGGGGACUUCAAGCUACGCCGACUCCCUCACAUGGACGAGCGGGAGCGGGAGCAGCGCUGGCGGCAACGGGACUUCAAGCUACGCCGACUCCCUCACAUGGACGAGCGGGAGCGGGAGCGGCGCUGGCGGCAACGGCACUUCAAGCUACGCCGACUCCCUCACAUGGACGGCCGGGAGCGGGAGGGGCGCUGGCGGCGACGGGACUUCAAGCUACGCCGACUCCCUCACAUGGACGAGCGGGAGCGGGAGCGGCGCUGGCGGCAACGGGACUUCAAGCUACGCCGACUCCCUCACAUGGACGAGCGGGAGCGGGAGCGGCGCUGGCGGCAACGGCACUUCAAGCUACGCCGACUCCCUCACAUGGACGAGCGGGAGCGGGAGCGGCGCUGGCGGCAACGGCACUUCAAGCUACGCCGACUCCCUCACAUGGACGGCCGGGAGCUGGAGGGGCGCUGGCGGCGACGGGACUUCAAGCUACGCCGACUCCCUCACAUGGUAA